AUGAGGUAAAAAAAGGCUUAAGAUACUACUCAAUAAUUAAAUUUUAACGUUAAUGGGAAUUAGUGCAGAUAAGAACAACCAGAUUAAUAGCAAUACAAUUAUUAAAUACUUAAAAACAGUUAAAGAUAAUCAGAUUGUAGUUAGCAGUAGAAUGAAACUUAUCGCUUGCAAAACAAUUAAAGUUAUUAUAAAAAUGAAGGAUAAGCAAGUAUGCUUACUUCUUCUUAAUUUUCAUAACCUUUUGUUUUAGAUUAAUAAUUAACUAUUCAAAAACCUGCAGCUAUCUAGGGAAGAAAAAUAGAUUCUUAGUAAUAAGUUCAAGUAAGUUUUAGGCAAUCUCUUAACCACUAACCAAACAUGUUCUUCUAAAAUUAGUAAGUUACCAUGCAAUUUAAUCCAAUCUAGUAAAGAGAAAAAGGAUUUUAAAACCAAAUUUAUUAAGGACAAAUUCAAAACUAAAUAUUUCAAACAAGCAGCAACAGCUAGCAGUCAUUAAGUUCUAACAGCUCAACUAUUUUGAUGAAAAAAAAAUAUUCUCAUAAUAAAGAAGAUCAAUUUAAUCAAGGACCUAUCAAUUAGAUCAUCAAUAUGGAUAUGCAGCAUUAACCAAAUUCAUAAAAAAAGAAGAGACCUACUUCGUCUUUAAAUUAAAACUAAUUGAAGACCAUCUAUGAAGAUAUUAAAAAAACCACAAGAAAACCAAGAUCUGCAAGCAACACUCCUUAAAAAGACAGGAGUUAUAGAGAAAAAAGUAGUAGAAGUGCCAGUAAAAAAAAAUAAGAAGAAAAGAGCCAAAAAAAAUUGUCUUAAACAUAGGAAAUAAAAGCAGUUAGCAAAAUUAACAAUGAAAAUUAAGAAAACUAAUUAAAUAAAAAUGAAAAUUGUUCAGACAAGCAAUUGUUGUAAGCGUCUUCUGCUAGAAAAAAGAAAAAAUCAUCUAAUUCUGUUCAUAUAAAACCUGUAUCUAAAAUAAAUGAACCACAAUAACAUCAAUAAAAUUCAAACUCGAAAUCAAAAUCACCAGGAAAAGUAAGUAAAAACUCACUACAUAACGGUGUUUAACAUAUUAUAGGAAAUGGUAAAGUUUUAGGUGAAAAGAAUUUUAAUUCCCCUUAAAAAUCUGGUAAGGCUGUAAGCACAACAAAGAGCCCUGAAGACAAAUAGAGGAAAAAGAAGAAAAGUAGUCUAUCAAAAUCAAAAAGUAAACCAAGAUUGAACCAUGCAAAAUCAACUUCUUAGCUAAUAGUUAGUCAUUAUUAAUAGUCUCACACCUAGUCAAUAUAAAAUGAUAUACCUAAGCACUAAUCUACUAGCAUUUAAAACCUGAAAGAGAUUGAUACUUUCAUUAAAAAGAAUGCACAAAAGAUUUAAUUUGAAUAGUUUAUGAAGAAAUAAGAAGAGAUUGAAGAGAGGUUAAAAAACAAAUAGGAAGAGGAGAAAAGAAAAAUUUAGAAUGAGUAGAUAAGAAAAGAAAACUUAGUUAAAUUUUGUAAGUUAAAAAAGGCAAAUGAAAAUAUUUAAAGCCAGCAAAAUAUCCACAUGACAACUCUUUAAUUAUAACAAAAAUAUGCAUGGGGAACUAAUUAAUAAAGAAUAAAGAUGCAUCAAAUUAUAUAAAAUUAACUAUUUUCAUAGCAACAAUAACAAUCGCAUUAAUAAUCAAUAGAAAGAAAUUAAUUUAACAAUACUUAUGCAUUUUAAAAAGGAUAAUUUAAUAACAGCGAAGAGGAUUUUUAAAAUCAGCUAAUAGAAAAAGAGAAAAAGAGGAGAUAAUAAUCAGGGCUAUCCUUUUUAAAUAAUUAUGAUGAAUAGAUUAUCAAAAAAAAAGUGGAAUAUGAAAAAAACAAGCAAGAAUUAAUAGCUAAGAACGAUCCUAAUGAAGAAUAAAAUAAAAAAAAAUUAGUAGCUCCAUUAAACCAUGAAGAAAUUAAAAAAUUUAUGAUUCUGAAGAAAAGAAGGCUAGAAAAUGAAAACAAAAAGAGACAAGAACAGUAAAAGGAGAGGCAGGAAAGAUUAAAAAAUAAUUUACAUAUUUUAGAUUAAGAAAUAAAAAAUUAGAGAUAAAAUAAUUCUUGUUAAGUUUAACUUUAAUAAGAAAACAAACAUUUUGCUAAUACAAAUAAUUAAAAUCAUUAACGCUCAAAGAGUUAGUAAAGGAAAAAGAAAAAUCGUACUGUAUCUACCCCAAAUCUUGAAAGAUUUUUUAAUAAAACUCAAAAUUUUAACAAUAUCGGACUAAAUAACUAAGACAACUUUCUUUAAAAAGAUUUAAUUCACAAAUAAUUAAUAAACUAUAACGAAAAUUAUAUACCGAAUAGAAGUGUCUAAGAGUAUGAAGAAGAAAUGUUUUUGCAAAACAACUAUUUUUCAAACACAUAGCAGUAGUACGCUAAAAAAUAUGACCAAAACAACUAUAACUAGAACAUAUUAUAGAAUCAUCAAAUAAGUUCUAACAACAAUGCAGGAAAUUCUACUGAUAUAAAUGAAGAGAAUUUCGAUCUGUUGAACAUGGAAUUCAAAAAAAUGUUUAAUCUAUCAGGAAACAAUGAUAAUAAAUUAAUGGAGUUUUCACAAAGUAUAAAUAAAACUCAUUAACUAACUACAUAAGGCUAAUCUAACAAUGGUUCAAAUAAAUUAGGUUCAAGUGGUAAAAAAGGAAAAUGUAAAUAAAUAGAUUUUAUUAAACCAAAAAGCAUAAGUAUGCAUGCUUCGAGCUCUGUCGGAAACUUAAAAUUGGCCUAGGGGUUUGACUCUUCCCACUUUGGAAAUAUUUAGAAUGUUAACCCAUAAUUUAUUAAAAUGAAAGAAAACAGCAAAGAGAAAAACUCAAAAAAACCUCGUAAGAGUUAAGUAACAUCGAUUUCUCCGGAGCCUAAAAUCUUAACUAAAUCUAAUUCUACUGUAUUUAAGCACAUACCUUAGUAAAGCGGAUUUGAUAACAAUAAGAAGUAACCUUUAUAUCAGAAAAUAGAAGGUUAAGAUCAAAUUAUUCCCAAAGAUAAGUAUAUUUAAGAGCUAAUUAACUAAAAGAAAGAUGAAUUAAAGAAUAUGUAUAAUUAGAUAAAUGCAAGAAUGAAUUUAAUUAAACACAAUGUAAAUGUGAACGAAUAGUAACCAAAGGCUAAUAAUUAGCAUGAAAUUAAUUUAGAAGAUAAAGAUGACUAGGAAAUAUAUGAAUAGAAAUACUUUAAUUAACCUUUAAACAAUAAGAAAAUUCAGCAAGCCAUCCUUCAGUAAUAGCAUGUCAAUUCUAAUAGUUUAGGGUCUGUAAAUAGUAGUUAAAGAAGAGUUCAUAUAAGCAAUGCCUCUCCUAUUAAAGAAGAGCCAGAGGAAGAAGAUAAAGGACAUUUUAGUAAUUUACCUCACCCUUAAAAUAAUGCAAAUACAUAAAAUAAUUACGUGAAUAGUUUUUAGUAAAUUUUUCAAAACAAUAAGAAAGACUUUAUUCCUACAGACAGUAGUAACUUGACAAAUAACAAUUACCCUCAUGCAAUAAAUAGCAAUCCAAACGAGAGUGAUUCAUUGAGAAAUAAUUAAAACCUAAAAGAUUUUCAGUAGGGAAAUUUCAAAAAGCCAAACUUCAAAGACAAUGAUAUCAUUCACUCAAAUCCAAGCUCUUAGUAAUCAAAUUUGAUGAUUUCACCAAUAUAAGAUGGUUCUGUAAAUUUCCCUUUUAAUUAAAUCCAAAACAACUCGAAAGCAUCCAUCCAUUCUUAAAGCAAGGCUACUCCUUCUAAAUCCUUAUCUGGAAUUUCAGCCAUAGAAAGUAAAAAGGAUUUACCAAAUAAGUAAAAUAACGAGUAAACUAUUAAUUUAAUAGCCCCUGCUAACACACAGUAAUUAUUGAAUGGCCCUAUUUAGCAGAACGUAAGUGAAUAAUAAAUAUCUCAAAUACAUUCUCGAAAUGAAUCUUAGAUAAUUCCAGCAGAUCCGAACGCUCCUGUUUCUUUAAAUUUAAAAGAAACUAUUCAAUCUAAAUCCUAUAUCUCUACAAAAAAUGAUUGUAGAUUUUCUUAAAUAAAUUAAAUACCCUAAUAAGAUACUGAUCAGUAGUUGUCAGAUCUAGAAAAUGGGAUGCUCUCAUCUAAAGAUUUGCAAAUUCAAUAGAAUGAAGAAAUGCCUAUUCUUCCUUUAAAUAUAAAUUUAUAGCAUCGUGUAUAAUAAAUGAAGAAAAGAACUCACAACACUGAUAAUGAAGAGAGCUAAGAUUCCACUUUGAGAAAUAAAAUCGCUGCUCCAUUUGGAUAAGAAGGUGCUAAUUAGUAAAUGUAGAAAAAUGCUUAAAAAGAUAGGAGUGUAAAUGGAAUUUAAGUAGCUAUAACUUCUAAAACUCCUCAGAGCUCGAAUAGAGAAGAUAAUAAUAAAAGAAGCCAAUAUCAAAAUGCACAAAAAGAUUACACUUAAUUCGAACAACAAGAAGAUAUUAAACUAGAACUUAUCAAAGAAGUAGAAACUCAAAAUCAAAUGUCAUCAUCUAAUUUUGAGUCAUAAGUCUUUUAAAAAAAUUUCAAUAAUACAAAUCCUUCCCUUCAACCAAUUAAUAAUCAAAAAGCACCUUAGCAAACACCUAGAGAAAAUAAUAAAUAAAACAGUAACUAAUCUGAUGAUGCAGAGGAAAUAGAUGUUGAUUAUUUAUAUGAUUUAGAUUAUGAUCAGUUGUAAGAGCUCAAAAUGAUUAUCUUUUAGAGUGAUCCUGAAAAUCCAGAGAUCUAAGCCCUCUCUGAGUAGUUAAUUUUAUACGAUGCGGCAGCUACAAUAAUUCAAAAAGUUUUUAGAGGUUAUUAUACUAGAAAAUGUAUAGCUGCAAUAAUUGAAUACCAAAGAUAGUAAGAUGAAGAAGAAGAACUUCUUUAUUAAUAAGCAGAAAAAUUUUUAGAAGAAAAUCAAAUUGAACCAGAAGAAUUAUUGGAGGGGAAUCCUAUUCCUCUAAUGCUAUAAUAAUAGUAAUAGAAUAUCCCUUACUAUUCUUCUGAUUAGCUAAAAGAAUAUGAAAAAAGAGAAAUGCAAUUCAAUAAAAACUAAAACAGUGAGCAAUAAUAAUAAUAAUAAAUAUAAAAUGAUAAUAGUAAUAACAUGAUAUCUGAAAAUGAAUUUCCAAUUAAAAUUAAUGAUUACUAAAACAGCUAUAAUAAAGAAGAAAAUACAUUCAAUAGAGAAAGUUAGGGUAACCAUCCUUUCUUCACUUCUUUAUCUAUGCCUGAAUAAUCAAUCAACAAUGAGCUUUAUCAUCAAAAAAACUAUAAUGACGACCUUUUACAGCCUAAAUAAUCAGAUUUUAUGCCUGAUUUUGACUUUUAUGAUAAGACAGAAAAAAGCCAACAAAAUUCAGCUGAAAACUAAAAAUCUAAUUCUGGAAUUAAUAAUAUUAGUGAAUCCAAUGCAGUGCAUCCUUUUGUUUAAUAAUCGCUUUAAAAUUAAAAUGUAAACAUAGAAUCUGGAAAAUUAAAUAACAAUAAUAAUAAUAACACUUUAACAGUAAAUUAACCUAAUUAACUAUAAAAAAAUAAAUUUAUAGAUGGAAUAAACAAUUAAAAUUACAGAGAUUAAUCUUUUAAUUAGUUGAACAUGAAAGAGAUAAAUGACCAAUCUAAAAGUUUAGUUACUGUGAAAGAAUUUGAUACUAGCUCAAAAGAUAACUAUAAAGGUGUAGAUAGCGUUGUCUCAUAAAAUAAUCAGGAUUUAGGAAAAAAUAUAUUUUCCCCAAACAACUAGUCACACCUAUAAAUGGAAAUUUCAAAAUUAUAGGAAUAAGCUAAAAUGUGGAGUCAGAUGAUCAAUUAAAUAGUUUAACUCCCUGAAAAUCAAUCAUAAUAAUUUAAGAAUGAUGCUUUGAAAAUACUAAAUGACUUGUAAAAGUAAUCAGAAAUGAGUAAAUAAAUUUUAAUAGAGAAUAUAAAGCUAAACCAGCAAAUUUAAAAGUCUCCAAUUAUCAGCACAGAUAGAUUUCCUUUAAGUGAAAUAGAUAACAUGAAUGACAAACUAAAUUGCAGCAAUUUAAAAAGCGGAGAUAUAUCUCAAGCAAACGACAAAGAAAUGGUAAUCAGUGAUAAAUCUAUCCAGAAUAGAUAAUCCAGUCAAAAUUAUCAAUAAAUUUAAAUAGCUUAAAAAUAGAAUCAGUCUUUGGUAGAUGAUAAAAAAACUCAAAACUAAUAAGGAUAAACUUCCAAAAAGAAUUUAUAACUUGAUAUUGAAGAAAUAGAGUCAAACUACAACCUUCAGCAAAGAGGUUAAAAGAUUGAAAAAGAUCAAAAGUCAACUGAUUCUAAGGUUAACGAUCAAUAAUAAGGAAGGAAGAAUUCAGAAAACGAUGUUAUUAGUUAAGAAUAAAGAGCUAUGGUAAGGGCUUUGUCUGUAUCUUCAGUUGAAUCUAAUGAAUUGAGAUAUGUAAAUAUUGUUGCAAAUAACUCUUUAGGUAUUUCAAAUAAGAUCACAAAGUCUAAAUAAAACAUUAUCGAUCGCUUAAAUAGUGAUCAUGUUUUAAAUUCCAAUAGUAAUAGGAAUAGUCAUAAUGGAAACGAAAGCGUUUCAAGUGUUGGAUCUUCAUUUUUCGAUAAAUAACCAUUUAAAGAAUUUACUUCGAAAAUUUUACAGAAAUAUACAAUGCCUUAAGAAUCUGUCGAAGAAUUGAUUAAAACAAGAGAGGAGGCAAUUGAGCAAAAGCAUAAAACACAGAUGGAUUUGAUUCAUAAAAUGCAUGAACGUAAUAGAAUUUCUCCAAAGUCAUUUGAAAGAAAGUAGUUUGAGCUUGAAAAAUGGGUAUCAAAAGAGAGGGAAAACCUGAAAGUAGUUAAAAAAGAAAUAGAAAGAGGAUGGGAGUAGUUUGCUCAAACCAUAAAACAAACAAAAAGGGACUUAGAGUUCUUAGAAUAGACUAAAAGAAUUGACACUAGUAAACUUCUUCAAAGUAGCGAAGAAGAUUAAUUGAGAAGAUUAUUGUCUAUGAGAUCAGAAUCAGAGCAUUCUAUUGAAGAAAUAGGAUUUGCUGAAAGGAGAUCGUUAGAUGGAGUAUACUCUUUUAAAAAUCAUUAAGUGGAGGACCCUAAUAAAAUUAAGAUUGUUGAUAAUUACAAACCUGUUGAUUAUAGCAGUUUGAGUAAUACUUCAUAGUCUAAUAUUAGAAAUAGAAAUAAUUCUGAUAAUACUAGUUAAGAUGCUUCAAUUCGCAGUAGAUAAGUGAGCUAGCCUAACUCAAUAAAUGUUGAAGAGAUAAAUUAAUAUCCUGAGAGCGACUAAAUGUUUGAGGGGACUUGCAAUAGUAAUACUAAAUCAAAUACAAAAUAUCUAAAUGUAGAAUAGUAGCUACAGUUGGCUCAAAAAAAUUAAGAGGCUAUCUAAAAAUAAUAAUUAUAAAAAUAAACUGAUAGCUCUAAGAUAGAGUAAAAUAAAACAAAAGAUUAAAAUGAAGAAAAGAUAACAAAUACUUUAGAUAAGUAAGCCAGAAAUAUAUCUUCAAAUGGAUCUUCAGUUUAUGAUGGUGAUGAAGAAAUUGAUUAAUUUUUAACAGCUGAAAAAAAUAAAAAUGAAGGGAACAUUCAAAUAAGCUAAAGAAGAGCAUUUGACAUGUACGGUUAUAGCGAUGAAGAUGACUACGGGAUAAAUAAUUAAAAUUUACAUUAAAAUAAUGAGAUUUAUAUUGAUCAAGAAUCAGAAAAUAAUGAUCGUUUAGAUGUUAGCCCUAUCUUUACAGUAUCAAGUGCUUCUAAAUAAGGAACUCAAGACAAGGAAUCUCUUAAAUACCUAAUACACAACUAAGGAGAAAUAGCACAAAACAUGAAAAUAGAAUCAGAUAACAAGUAUGAUAAGAUAAAGCAAUUUAACAAGAGAAAUUCUUAAGAUUCAAGAAUGAGUGAGAGCUAACCAGGCAGUCCUUUAAGCUAAAGUUCAAAGAAGAACUAAGAUCCUUUCUAAACUAUUGAGUAUGAAGAUGAUGGAAAUUCUAAAAAAUAAACAGUUUCAAGCAAAGUUUCUCCAAAACUGGGAUUUGUGAGAGGGGAUCUACUUCAAGAAGAAGGUAUUGAUGAUAAAGUAAACUAUGUUUCAGAUUAAACUAUUAAUUAUUUAGUAGAUGAUGCAGCAAAAGACAUUAAAAAUAUAAAAGAUAAGCAAUAAAAUGAAAAAGAUACCAACUUGUAGGGAAACAUGAUACAAAUUAAUUUCUUGGAACCUAUUAAAGCUAGAUAAAAUGUGUAUAAUUUAGAUGAUUUCCCUGAUGUAAGCGAAAAAGCAUCAUCUCUUGAAACAUCGAGUGGAAUAUUUAAGGCUGUUAAUCCAUUAACUGAGUCUUCCAACAUACAAGAUAAGAGAAACCAACUUCAAAACAAAGAAGAAGAAUAACUAUAAAAGUUAAAUAAUAAUAAUAAUAAUAAUACAAACACAAAACAAAAAAACUUGAUUCCAUCUCCACCUAACUCCCCUACCUAAAGAGAAAAUUCUGGAUCCAAUAAAAAUAUUGGUGAUAAAAAGCCACUUCAGAAUAAUUUCUUGUUGGAUUUAGUUUAAAAUGGUUAGAAACAAAAUAUGCAAGAAAUAAAAUAAGGUUUAUCUAAUUAAAUUGAAAAAGAAAAAUAAGAUAAAAUGGCCCCAGAAGAUCUUUAUAUCACUUAAAAUAGCUAGCAGCAACUUUAAUUCUCUGAAAAUAUUCUUACAACUUAAAACAAUCCUCCUGGUUUAGAAUGUGCUACUUUGAAUUUUAUCAAAGAUUAUUUAGUUGCUUUCUCAGAGUUUAUAAAAGAUAAUUUCACAGAUGAAUUCUUGGAGAGGGUAAAUAUCCCUUUAGGUAUGGAUCCCUAAGAGUUUUUAAAAACAUUUACAAUAACUGAAACAAUUGAUAAUAGCAAUGGAGAAAUAUCUGCUGCUCCAAUUUAUCCCAUAGUUAAAUAUAUUCAUAUGCAGCGUCCUGUAGUUUCAGAAGAAUUAUUUGCUCAUUUCAACGAAAUUUUUAAUAGGGAAAGAGAUUUAUCAUUGAUGACUGAAGAAUUAUUUGAGUUAGAAAGAUUCCAUAUGAGAAUGAUAUUUGAUUGCUUCAAUGAAGCUCUAGACUCUAUGAGACCUUUUGGGUUGAGAGGAAAACCUCUACCAUGGAAAAUAAAUUCCAAUAAACUAUCUUCAAUAAUAAUUACUCCUGAUAAUAUUGAAAAGAUAUUAGGACUAGCAAUAGCUAAAGUAUUAAAAUGGGGAUCGUUUUUGUGUGGAUUUAUUCCUGAAAGAAUUGAGUCUCCAACAGGUGAGAUAGUUUAAAUAGAAGAUGAAUAUCUUAACUAAAUCAAAGAAGACAGAUUAGCACAAAUGCUAGAAAAUGAGGUGAUUGAAAAUGAAGAUAAAUGGUUAACUUACGAAGAUGAGGAGACUGAUGUUUAACUAGAAAUAGCAGAUGAUAUUUUUAAUUAUAUUAUUGAAGAAACUGCCAUGAUUAUUCAAUCUGUUCAAAGCGGCUAAGCAAUUAAUUAAAUUAAAAAUGAAACUUCGUCAGAUCUUAAUGAUAAUUAAAACAUCGAAAGAAAUUUCAAUAAUAAUAGUUAUGAAACAUUAAGCAAAAAUAUUUUUGGAAAUCCUAAUAUCACAAAAGGUGCUAAAAAACAAGGUCUUGGAGGAGGAAUAAGACCAACAAAUGACUUAGGUAUUAGUCAAAAGUAAGCAUAAGAAAAGAAGUAAUUAUAAAAAGAACUCUUUUUAAAAAAUCUAUAAAACUCAAAUUUAAAUAAUAACUAAUCUUCUCAAAAAGAUUAAUUAAAUUCAAGUUUUUGA